GCCCCCUGGCCGACCCGGCCCCACCGGGCUGCCUGGAUUCGGGAGUCGGCGGAGGCGGCGGCGAAGCGGGGGACGUCAUGGCGGCCUUGGAGCGCCGCGCCUUUGCUCACAAGAUCAACAGGACGGUAGCCGCUGAGGUGCGGAAGCAGGUGUCCCGGGAACGCAGUGGCUCCCCUCAUUCAAGCAGACGCUCUAGCAGCUCCCUUGGGGUCCCCUUGACAGAGGUUAUGGAGCCUGUGGACUUCGAGGAUGUCCUUCUAAGCCAUCCACCGGAUGUGGAGCCUGGUCCUCUGAGGGACUUGAUAGAAUUUCCAGCUGACGAUUUGGAACUGCUCAAGCAGCCCCGGGAAUGUCGGACCACAGAGUCUGGGAUCCCCGAGGAUGGAAAAUUGGAUGCCCAGGUGAGGGCCGCCGUGGCCAUGUACACAGAAGACUGGGUCAUUGUUCACAGAAGGUAUCAGCACCUGAGUCCAUCAUACAGCCCUGUUACCACAGACACACAGAGAGAGCAGCAGAAGGGCCUCACCUGCCAAGUCUUCGAGCAGGACGCCUCAGGGGACGAGAGGACAGGUCCAGAGGACAUGGAUGAUUCCCGGCACUGCUCGGGCUCCCCAGAGGACACCCCUCGAAGCAGCGGAGCCUCUGGCAUUUUCAACCUAAGGAACUUGGCCGCUGACUCACUUCUGCCGUCCUUGCUGGAGCGGGCAGCCCCUGAGGACAUGGACCAGCGUAAUGAAGCCCUGCGGCGGCAGCACCGCACCCGUGCCCUGCUUACCCUAUACCCUGCACCUGAUGAGGAUGAGGCUGUGGAACGCUGUACUUGCCCAGAGCCACCCCGGGAGCACUUUGGACAGAAGAUCCUUGUGAAAUGUCUGUCGCUCAAGUUUGAGAUAGAAAUUGAGCCGAUCUUCGGCACCUUGGCCCUGUAUGACGUUCGUGAGAAAAAGAAGAUUUCGGAAAAUUUCUACUUUGAUCUGAACUCGGACUCCAUGAAAGGGAUGCUCCGGGCCCAUGGAACCCACCCUGCCAUCUCCACCCUGGCCCGCUCUGCCAUCUUUUCUGUGACCUACCCCUCUCCCGACAUCUUCCUGGUUGUCAAGCUGGAGAAGGUGCUUGAACAGGGUGACAUUAGUGACUGCUGCGAGCCCUACAUGGUGAUGAAGGAGAUGGACAUGGCGAAGAACAGAGAGAAGCUGGACAAACUGCGCCUGGCAGCCGAGCAGUUCUGCACCCGACUGGGUCGGUACCGCAUGCCCUUUGCUUGGACGGCAGUGCACUUGGCUAACAUCGUGAGCAGCGCUGGCCAACAGGACCGUGAUUCCGACUCUGAGGGCGAGCGUAGACCCACUUGGACUGAACGCCGCCGUCGGGGAACCCAGGAUCGAGCCAGUAGUGGGGAUGAUGCCUGUAGCUUCUCUAGCUUCCGCCCGGCCACAUUAACUGUCACCAACUUUUUUAAGCAGGAGGCUGAGCGGCUGAGUGAUGAGGACCUUUUCAAGUUUCUGGCAGACAUGCGGAGGCCGUCGUCCCUACUGAGGCGCCUGCGACCUGUGACUGCUCAGCUCAAGAUUGACAUCUCUCCAGCUCCUGAAAACCCACACUUCUGCCUGUCCCCCGAGCUACUUCAUGUCAAGCCCUACCCAGACCCCAGGGGACGGCCCACCAAGGAGAUCCUGGAGUUCCCUGCCCGUGAGGUCUACACCCCUCACACUUCCUAUAGGAAUCUCCUGUUUGUGUACCCACACAGACUCAACUUCAGCAGCCGCCAGGGCUCUGUGCGCAACCUGGCCGUGCGGAUCCAAUACAUGGCUGGUGAGGAUCAGAGCCAGGCCCUUCCGGUCAUCUUUGGGAAAUCUAGCUGCAGUGAGUUCACCCGUGAGGCCUUCACACCAGUGGUCUACCAUAACAAGUCCCCUGAAUUCUAUGAAGAAUUCAAGCUGAGACUUCCUGCUUGCAUGACUGACAACCAUCACCUCUUUUUUACAUUCUACCACAUCAGCUGCCAGCCUCGGCCGGGCAUGGCCCUGGAGACACCUGUGGGCUUCACUUGGAUCCCAUUACUCCAACAUGGCUGCCUGAGGACCGGUCCCUUCUGCCUGCCCGUGUCUGUGGACCAGCCUCCACCCAGCUACUCUGUGCUCACCCCUGAUGUGGCACUGCCGGGCAUGCGCUGGGUGGACGGUCACAAGGGUGUGUUCAGUGUGGAGCUCACAGCCGCAUCAUCUGUGCACCCCCAGGACCCCCACUUGGAUAGGUUCUUCACCCUGGUACAUGUUCUCGAAGAAGGGUCCUUUCCAUUCCGCCUCAAGGAUACAGUGCUGAGCGAGGGCACCAUGGAGCAGGAGCUACGGGCCAGCCUGACUGCGCUGCGCCUCGCUAGCCCUGAGCCUCUUGUGGCCUUUUCCCACCAUGUCCUUGACAAGCUGGUCCACUUGGUUGUGCGCCCCCCCAUCAUCACUGGCCAGAUAGUGAACCUGGGCCGGGGGGCCUUUGAAGCCAUGGCUCAUGUAGCCAGCCUUGUGCAUCGGAGCCUGGAGGCCGUCCAGGAUUCUCGUGGUCACUGUCCACUGCUGGCUGCCUAUGUCCACUAUGCCUUUCGUCUUCCUGGUGGUGAACUUAGCCUGCCAGGCGGGGCCUCUCUGGCUACUCUGCAGCCAGCCACACUGGCUCGCAGCUCUGGCCGCCCUGCAAGCCUCUACCUGACACGUUCUAAGAGCAUCAGUAGCAGCAACCCUGACCUGGCCGUGGCCCCUGGCUCCGUGGACGAUGAGGUAGCCCGCAUCCUAGCCAGCAAGGGCGUCGAUCGCUCACACUCCUGGGUGAAUUCUGCUUAUGCUCCUGGAGGCAGCAAGGCUGUGCUGAGGCGGAUACCCCCUUACUGUGGGGCUGACCCCAGACAGGCCAUCGACUGCAACUCUAGCCGUGCCUCCUCCUACCUUGAGGCCUCCUCCUCAGCCUCGAUGACCCCCCAGCCAAGACCCACUAUACCAAAGCUCCUGCAUGAGGAGCUGGCUCUGCAGUGGGUGGUGAGUGGGAGCACUGUACGAGAGAUGGUCCUGCAGCACGCCUGGUUCUUCUUCCAGCUCAUGGUGAAAAGCAUGCAACUGCACCUGAUUCUGAGCCAGCGCCUGAACACACCCCGAAAACUGCGCUUUCCUGGGCGCUUCCUGGAUGACAUCUCAGCCUUGGUGGGCUCUGUGGGUCUAGAGGUCAUCACACGGGUCCACAAGGAUGUGGAAGUGGCUGAACGUCUCAACGCCAGCCUGGCUUUCUUCCUCAGCGACCUGCUGUCUAUAGCAGACAGGGGCUUCGUGUUCCGCCUGGUACAAGCUCACUACAAGCAGGUGGCCACCCGGCUACAGUCAUCCCCCAACCCAGCCUCCCUGCUGACCCUGCGCAUGGACUUCACCCGAAUCCUGUGCAGCCACGAGCACUACGUGACCCUCAACCUCCCUUGCUGUCCCCUGUCGCCGCCAGCCUCCCCCUCCCCCUCCUUGUCCUCUACCACCUCCCAGAGUUCCGCCUUCUCCAGCCAGUCUCCCGACCCCAAGGUGACCAGCAUGUUUGAGCUGAGUGGAACCUUCCGUCAGCAGCAUUUUCUGUCUGGACUUCUGCUGACUGAACUGGCCCUGGCCCUGGAGCCUGAGGCUGAGGGGGCAUCCGUUUUGCACAAGAAGGCCAUCAGUGCAGUGCACAGCCUGCUAUGCAGCCACGACAUUGACCCUCGCUACACAGAGCCCACUGUGAAGGCCAGGGUGGCUGAGCUGUACCUGCCCCUACUCUCCAUUGCCAGGGACACACUGCCACGGCUGCACAGCUUCACAGAGGGCUCAGGUCAGCGGUCAAGACUUGUGUCCAUGCUGGACUCGGACACAGAAGGUGAAGGGGACAUUGGAGGCACCAUCAGCCCGUCUGUGGCCAUUGCCAUUGCUGGGGGGCCCCUUGCUCCUAGCUCUCGCUCCAGCAUCUCCCAGGGACCUUCAACCGUGUCCCGCUCGGGGUAUCCCCUCUCUGCUGAGUCCAGCCGGACCUUGAUGAUAUGUGUACUGUGGGUCUUGAAAAAUGCAGAGCCAACCCUCCUGCAGCGCUGGGCUGCUGACCUGGCCCUGUCACAGCUGGGACGCCUCCUGGAGUUGCUCAACCUCUGUCUGGCUGCCUUUGAGUAUAAGGGGAAAAAGGCCUUUGAGCGAAUUAACAGCCUCACAUUCAAGAAGUCAUUAGACAUGAAAGCCCGGCUAGAGGAGGCCAUCUUGGGCACCAUUGGGGCACGGCAGGAGAUGGUGCGGCGGAGUCGGGAGAGGAGUCCAUUUGGAAACCAAGACAACGUUCGCUGGCGUAAGAGUGUCACACACUGGAGACAGACCUCAGACCGUGUGGACAAGACUAAGAAUGAAAUGGAACAUGAAGCCCUAGUGGAUGGUAACCUGGCAACAGAAGCUAGCUUGGUGGUUCUGGACACCCUGGAGAUCAUUGUGCAGACGGUGAUGCUGUCAGAGACCCGGGAGAGCAUCCUGGGUGCUGUGCUCAAAGUUGUGCUGUACAGUCUGGGGAGCACCCAGAGUGCCAGCUUCCUGCAGCAUGGCCUAGCCACCCAGCGGGCUCUGGUAUCCAAGUUCCCGGAGCUGCUGUUUGAAGAGGACACGGAGCUGUGUGCCGACCUGUGCCUGAGGCUUCUGCGACACUGUGGCAGCCGCAUCAGCACCAUCCGCACACAAGCCAGCGCCUCCCUCUACUUGCUCAUGCGCCAGAACUUUGAGAUCGGCCAUAAUUUUGCCCGUGUGAAGAUGCUGGUGACCAUGUCACUCUCAUCCCUCGUGGGAACAACACAGAACUUCAGUGAAGAGCACCUGAGGCGGUCCCUCAAGACCAUCCUGACCUACGCAGAGGAGGACGUAGGGCUGCGGGAUAGCACCUUUACAGAGCAGGUUCAGGACCUCAUGUUCAACCUGCACAUGAUCCUGACAGACACAGUAAAGAUGAAGGAGCACCAGGAAGACCCUGAAAUGCUUAUUGACCUCAUGUACAGAAUUGCCCGAGGGUACCAAGGCUCACCAGACUUGCGCCUGACUUGGCUUCAGAACAUGGCUGGCAAACACGCAGAGUUGGGCAACCAUGCAGAAGCUGCCCAAUGCAUGGUGCAUGCAGCUGCCCUGGUGGCUGAGUACCUGGCCCUACUGGAGGACAGCCGCCAUCUGCCUGUGGGCUGCGUGUCCUUCCAGAACAUCUCAUCCAAUGUGCUGGAGGAAUCUGCCAUCUCAGAUGACAUCCUGUCACCAGAUGAAGAGGGUUUCUGCUCUGGGAAGCACUUCACAGAGCUGGGGCUGGUGGGACUGUUGGAACAGGCUGCUGUCUACUUCACCAUGGGUGGACUGUAUGAGGCAGUGAAUGAGGUCUACAAAAACCUCAUCCCCAUCCUGGAAGCCCACAGAGACUACAAGAAGCUGGCUGCGGUGCAUGGAAAACUGCAGGAGGCCUUCAGCAAGAUCAUGCAGCAGAGCUCUGGCUGGGAGGGCACUUCUCUUAAGCGCGUUUUUGGGACAUAUUUCCGAGUGGGUUUCUACGGCCUGCGUUUUGGGGACCUGGAUGAGCAGGAGUUUGUGUACAAGGAACCAUCCAUCACGAAACUGGCAGAGAUUUCACACCGGCUGGAGGAGUUCUACACAGAGAGGUUCGGAGAGGAUGCAGUGGAGAUCAUCAAAGAUUCUAACCCAGUAGACAAGUCCAGGCUGGACCCACAGAAAGCCUACAUCCAGAUCACCUAUGUAGAGCCAUACUUUGACACUUACGAGCUCAAGGACCGGGUGACCUACUUUGACCGCAACUAUGGGCUGCGGACCUUCCUCUUUUGCACACCUUUCACUCCUGAUGGGCGGGCACAUGGGGAGCUGGCGGAACAACACAAACGCAAGACCCUGCUCACCACAGAUCAUGCCUUUCCAUACAUCAAGACACGCAUCCAUGUGUGCCACCGUGAGGAGACAGUACUGACACCAGUGGAGGUAGCCAUUGAGGACAUGCAGAAGAAGACCCGGGAGCUGGCGUUUGCCACUGAGCAGGACCCUCCGGAUGCCAAGAUGCUGCAAAUGGUUCUACAAGGCUCUGUGGGGCCUACCGUGAACCAGGGUCCCUUGGAGGUAGCCCAGGUAUUUCUGGCAGACAUCCCAGAAGACCCCAAGCUCUUCCGACACCACAACAAACUGCGACUCUGUUUCAAGGAUUUCUGCAAGAAGUGUGAGGACGCACUGAGGAAGAACAAGGCCUUGAUUGGGCCAGACCAGAAGGACUACCAUCGGGAACUAGAACGCCACUACUGCCGUUUGCGAGAGGCCCUGCAGCCCCUGCUCACCCAGCGCCUGCCCCAGCUGCUGGCACCAAGCUCUGCCAGCCUCAGGAACUCCCUGAAGAGAAGAACAAGCUUCCAGAAGGCUGACCUCUGACCCACAGGGCUGAAGCUACAGCUAAGAGUCAGCACUGAGACCUCUCCGUCUGCCUUGCAGGGGGUCAGUCCUCUUGCCCCUUUGUCAAUGAGGGACCACAGUGUCCUUGGGGCUAGGCCCUCUGUCACUCUGUCUGUCUGCACUGAUGUAUUCUAAUGUUUUUAAUUUAAAAUGAUUUUUAUAUUGAA